AUGGGGUCAGGACAAUCAGUACCAUCAAUGCCACCGCCCGCCACCGCCGCGAAUAUGGGCGCAGAUCUCAAGACACCGGGAACAGAGGCGGCGAAACCAAAGCCUUGCUGCGUAUGCAAGGACGAAAAGAACUCCCGCGACGAAUGCAUGCUCUUCUCGAAAUCCGACAACCCCCAAGGCGAGUGCCAGGACCUGGUCUCCAAAUACCGGAGUUGCAUGGCUGGAUACGGCUUCCAGAUACCGGCUUAA